GAGCUGUGUUCAUGAGAGAACAAUAAAAAUGAGAUUUUUAUCCAAAUUCUUCUCAAAAGAUUCAAUCUUUCACCGAAAAACAAGCUUUUUUCUCUUGUUUGAUUCCUAUUAUUCCCCUGAAUCCCAUUUCUCCACACACUCUAAAUCUUCAAAGAAACACCUUUCAUCGCCCAAAGCUUCUAAAUCCAAAAAAACCAGCUUGAAAAGAUCCAGCUCCCCUUCUCUCUAUCAGAAGAUCACCCAGAUCAUGUCACUAGAUGAAGCCACUGUUAAUGCUUCUUCAUCAGAAGCAUUGAGGUCUUUUGAUCCAAAAGUUGAAAAGUGUAGCCAAGGUGCUUGCUUUAAUGCCCAAAUGAAGGAAAAUUUUGAAAUUGAUGACCAGAAAAUUGGUGAAAGUCCUGUUUCAGAUUUAGUUCCAGAGGAGAUUUCAGUGGUGGAAGAUGUUAGCCCGGUGGUUCAUAAAAUAACACAGGUUGUACGGGCAGAGUUGUCAGGUGUUCGCAUGGAGGAACGUUUGGAUGAGCUUUGUUUAUCGGUUAGUCCGGAGAUUGUGGAGAAAGUAUUGAAGAGAUGCUUCAAAGCUGGUCAUUUGGCUCUUAGGUUCUUUUAUUGGGUGAAAGGCCAACCCGGGUUUCGCCACACCACGGAGACUUAUAACGUGAUGCUGUAUAUUGCUGGUGAGGGGGAGGAGUUUGAUUUGAUGGAGAAGUUGGUGAGAGAGAUGGAUGAGGAGUUGUGUUUGAAUAAUGUUAAGACAUGGACUAUUAUUGUUUCUCGUUAUGGGAAUGCAAAUAAGGUUGGCAAAGCUCUCUGGGCUUUUGACCAGAUGAGGAAAUUGGGUUGUUGUCCUGACAAGGGAGUUUAUGAGGCAUUGCUUCAUGCUUUGCUUAAUGCCAGGAAAAGUGAACUUGCUGUGGAGUUUUACAAAGAAAUGGUUUUGCAAAAUUUAAGGGUUGACAGGAAAUUGUAUGAAAAGCUCAUGACUUGUUUGUCUAUGUCUGGGCAUUUGGACGAGGCGCGAAUUGUUUGGAAUGAUAUGUUGAAGUUUUCACAAGUCCCUGUUGGAGAAGUUUAUACUUGUCUAUUGAGGAGCUUUUGUAUCGCUGGGAAAGUUGAAGAAGCCCAAGAAGUAUUUGAAGAGAUAAAGAAGAAAUAUCCAAGUGUACAGUCAAAUCUUUAUGAAAUUUUAGUGAAAGGGUUAUGCCGGGUAGGCAACAUGGCUGAUGCAGUGAAAUUGGUGGAUGAUAUGGAGAAUAGCUCUGCCAUGGAUAGCAAGGUUAAUGGGUGUCUCAUUGAUGGGUUUUUGCAGAAAAAUGAUUCUCAGAAGGCCCUGGAAUUACUUCACCAUUCAAGAAAAUCAGGAACACUACCGGCAGUUUCUUCUUAUACACAGAUUAUUCAACAUCUAUUCAGGUCAGAUGAAUAUGAAAAAGCAUGUGAGCUACAUGAUGAGAUGUUGGAAAAUGGUAUUGAACCUGAUGUUGUAGCAAUGACAGCUAUGGUCGCUGGCCAUGUUCAGAACCACUGUAUUUCCAAAGCAUGGGAAGUUUUUGAGAGCAUGAAACAGAAAGAAAUUUGGCCAUCUUGGAAAGCCUACACAGUGUUCAUCAAAGAACUUUGCAAGGCUUCCAAACCCUAUGAAGCUGUGAAGCUUUUGAAUGAAAUGUCUGAAUCCAAUAUAAAUGCUGGUGAUGAUAUAGUUCAUCUAGUUGAAUGUUCUCUGACUAGAAAAGGUGAUGCAGAGAAAGCAAAGGAAGUCCGCAGAAUGUUUAGAUCCUUCAAACCACAUCUUCAAGAUGAGCACUCUGUCUUUGUGGCACAUGAGGCUUCUAACAGAUUUGCUGAACCGCAUGUUCACACUGUUCAAACUUCAAAUGACCAUGCUGAAUGUAGUGACAACGAUGUCGAAUGUGUAUGUAAAAUUAUAUCCUCACCAACUAAUUGGAGCUCAAUCCAAGAAGCUUUAGAGCAAAGCACAAUUCGAUUCACUCCAGAACUUGUCAGAGUCGCUCUUCAAAACUGUCAGAUGCAUGGUUUUGCUGCAUUGAAUUUCUUCGCGUGGGUUGGAAACCAAGAUGGGUAUAGACACGACACUGAAACUUACAACAUGGCGAUAAAAAUUGCUGGUGGCGGUAAAGAUUUCGUCCACAUGAGAAACCUUUACAGGGAAAUGAAGAGAAGGGGCUGCACCAUCACACCGAACACAUGGACCAUCAUGAUAUCUCAGUAUGGCCAAGCGGGUUUAACAGAGAUUUCUUUGAAGACAUACAAAGAGAUGAAGAGUAAAGGCCACCAACCUAGUGGCAGUACUUACAAGUUUCUCAUUGUGUUUCUAUGUGGGAAAAAGGGAAGAAAGGUAGAAGAAGCUAUCAAGAUAUUCCAAGAAAUGAUCAAUGCCGGAUAUAUGCCUGACAGAGAAAUGCUCGGAAUAUAUCUUUCUUCUUUAUGUGAAUCAGGGAGGCUGGAACAUGCUAGAAAAGCAGUUAAAUCACUAUGUAAGAGAGGAUUCAUGCCACAGCUUGGCUAUUCCUUGCUCACCAAAUCGAUGUGCCGAGCAGGAAAACUGGAAGAAGCUUUAAAAUUAGCUGAUGAAAUGGAGCAUCUCGGUUGCAAAAUGGAUCAAUACAUAUACGGUAGUAUUGUUCAUGCAUUACUUCGAAGCGGUAACUUGGAUAAAGCCCUGGAUAAGCUAAAGGAAAUGAAAAGGGCCGGCAUUCCGCAAAGUGUUCAGAUAAACACAUCCUUGAUUGUUCACUUCUGCAAGGAGAAACAAAUAGAGAAGGCGAUUGACAUAUUCAGGAAAAUGAUUGAAGAUGGAUGUGAGCCAACAAUAGUUACUUAUUCAUCGAUAAUUCGCGGAUACAUGAACAUGGGGAUGGUUUCAUAUGCUUGGUGUGUUUUUUGGCACAUGAAACUCAAAGGACCAUGUCCGGAUUUCGAAACUUAUUCAAUGUUCAUAACUUGUCUCUGCAAAUUAGGUAGGUCUGAAGAAGGACUGCAGCUUCUGCAUGAAAUGCUGCAGAAUGGUAUUGUUCCAAGUGCUGUUAAUUUCCGCACUGUAUUUCAUGGAUUAAACAGAGAAGGCAAAGCAAAUUUAGCUCAUAAUGUACUUCAAACAAAGUGGUUUCUGAAUAGAAAUAGAAAGUUCUUAAUCUGA